AUGCCACAUCAAAACUCCCGCGGUUUGUUGCGGGUUUUUCUUUCCGUCAUUUCCUUCACUUUCGUUUUUGCAUCUGUUGCGGCGGCAUCGUCACCGUCCAUAGCGGCAGCAUCACCAGCUGCUGAAGUCGAACUCAUUUGCCAUACCGACAACCAAGCAGAAUGCUAUCCCAAGGUAUUCUCUCCAACCGAGGAGUUUCAGAUCAUCCAUCAUGAUCAAGACAUACCCCCUGGUUUGCAUGUUAGGAUGAACAUCUGGACAGGAGAGAAGGAAGCACGAUUAAAUAUUCCAGGCGACGACGACCCCUCCUUAGAAGGUCUACCCGUAGAGCAGUCAGUCAUGGUGGUGGAAGCAGAAGGGGUCAAAAAUGAACCGUUGAUGCCAUCUGGCGCUCCAGCAUACGAACCCGUCGGGGUGGUAAAAGAGCCCCCGCAAAAGGACCCAGGUUUUGCUGGGUCGCUCGCAAGUCUGAAGGAAUUUGCGGAAACAGCACCAUCAACACAGAACCACCAGCUGGACGAAGCUUUGAUGGAUCUGGAGGACAUCUCGCACGACAUAUAUUACGGGCAGAAGAUCACCGAAGAUUUAGAAGCGCUGCGGGCGCUCUUCUGCCUUCUCACCCAGCGUGACGUGGAACAGAUCCAGACUCGCGGUCUGACCCAGCGCCGGGACUUUCUGGCCUCGUCGGUUCUGGCAUCGGCAGCUCAGAACAACCCACCGGCACUGCGAAAUAUUGAGGCCGGGUGGGAUUCGCUCAUGAACAAACAGUGCGCUUUUCAUCAACAGCCGCUGAAAGAUGUCUUCUUUGAUAGCUUCAAGACCAUGGCGAAGCCCGGAACAGAAGAAUAUGCCAAUGAGGCAAGCUGGGUGCGCACAACUCUCCCCGUCGUGGGUAGAUUGCUGAAAAGUGACGUGUUCCGGACCCAAUUCUUGGCCAAUGGCGGAACGAAAAACUUUCUGCGGGUUCUCCUCAACGACGGGGCGGUGUGGGAUGCGGCGCGGUCCAAGGUGGCCAUGAUUGUGUCAGACACCUUCUUGGACGGGGACGUGGGCGCAGAGUUGGGUGUGUGGCCCGUGGGUGCGGCCAGCGAUGGCAAUAUUUGUGAAAACGAGGCCACCAGGCUGGAUGAUGGGUGCUGGGAGUAUCACCUUGAGCAACUGGCCAUCAAGAACGUGUGGGGAAAGGCAUCAGGAAAUGGUUGGAGCCAGGACCUGUUGGCCAGGUUGAAGCAAAGUAGACCGAGAGUUGCUGGCUCGGAGCCCAUUCCAGAGCGGAAUGAGUUAUGA